AUGACUGUCAUGGAUGCCACGAAAGAGGAGGGGGACUUCACCAACCUCUACGUGAAGUGCUUUCCACCGCACUUCAAAGAGCAGGACCUCUGUGAGCUCUUCAGUGGCUUUGGGCCCAUCCAGGCGGCCAAGGUCAUGACAGACAAUCGCGGCCGAAGUUUUGGCUUCGUAAAUUUCGAGCAAUCGAAAGACGCCAAAGAGUGCGUGCGGCUCAUGCACUGCAAAGACUUGCGGACGCGGAAGGAGCUCAAAGAGGCGAAAAAGCUGGAAGCAGAGGGGAAGGCUCCCCCUAUCAGGAGGGACGUGGAUGGUCACCCAGAGCACCUCCUCUAUGUCAGCCGUGCGCAGAAACGCGAAGAGAGGGAAGCCAUGUUCCAGAAGCAGUUUGCGGACAAAGGACUGGGGCGCGGAAAUGGAGGAAUUUCCAAAGGAAAAGGUAAAGGUGAUGGCAAAGGUGACCUCUUCAACGAAGGUGGCGCGCUGAAUCAGUCUCUGGGCAGCGAUCCCUUCGAGGAUCUGACGAGUGGGGAUGCCGCCGAGGGCAUCUCCAUCCCGUUUCCUGCCUCGCCUCCUGCGUGGCAGCAGCCGUCGCAGUAUGCCUACGGGAGUGGCAACUGCCAAGAAUCGCACAGCCAGAGCUUCCGCUACACAAACGGUCACAACCACGACGGCUUCUCAGGCUCCGCAGGAGGCGGCUGGUCGGCACCGGAAGCGGCGUCCACGAAUUGGCAGGGCCCGAACUGGCCUGCAGGCAGCUCGUGGGAACAAGGGUCGUGGUCUGGUUGGAGAGCCGACAAUCUCGCGAUGUCGGAUAGUGGCAGUGGCUCAUACUGUGGAGCUGCUUACAGCGGAUGUGAUGGAUACGAAAGCCCUUAUAGCGGAAGUGGCCUGUCUUACCCGGGCCCGCUACCCUCUCAGUUUUGA